AGACAAUAGAAGAGACAUCCUUUCAAGCAGUGGUGUAACAGAAACCCAACAUGUCUUUUGAAGUUAAGGAGAAGACAGAGGUGCGUCUGGUGUUUCUUGGAGCAGCUGGAGUGGGGAAGACAGCCCUGAUCCAACGCUUCCUGAAAGAUACCUUUGAGCCCAAACAUCGCCGCACUGUGGAGGAGCUCCACAGGAAGGAGUAUGAGGUUGGGGGCGUCAAAGUCACCAUCAACAUCAUGGACACCAGUGGCAGCUACUCCUUCCCAGCCAUGCGUAAGCUCUCCAUCCAGAAUAGCGAUGCCUUUGCCCUGGUCUACGCAGUGAAUGACCCUGAAUCCCUGGAGGCAGUCAAGAGUUUGCGAGAUGAGAUCCUGGAGGUCAAAGAGGACAAGUACACCCCUAUUGUUGUGAUAGGCAACAAGAUUGACCGUCACAAUGACCGUCAGGUGUCCAGCGAGGAUGUGCUGUCCACGGUGGAGCUGGACUGGAACAACAGCUUCAUGGAGUCCUCGGCCAAAGACAAUGUCAAUGUGCUGGAAGCUUUCCGGGAGCUACUCCAGCAAGCCAACUUACCCAGUCGGUUCAGUCCAGCACUGUGCCGCAGACGGGAAACCUUCCCCAAGGAGAGCAACAAACGACCUCCUAUGAACAAGACUAACAGUUGCCUCAUCUCAUAA